UUCUGCAUGUCUUCGAUGUGAUCCUGGCGGAUUAUAUUGCCCGAAAUGGGUUAUGUGGCACCGAAUGUGCGCCCCGCCUCCACAACGGCAGUCAGAUCAAUCUCGGUAGUGGUCCCCUCGGUCGGGGCGAGUCGGGAUUACGGGUCCAGACAAACUAUUUCGAGGUGUACCAGCAGUUGAUAUACGUGGUUGCGCACCGACGGCACUGAAGUUUUUGUGAGAAAGUGCGUGAAGACUUGCCCAGCAUGGCGACGAAGGUCGUGGAGCUUCUCACCGCGGUAACAGACGUGACGACAGGGAAAGGGACUGCGAAACCGACGGGACCGUUUGCUCCGCAAUAUAUCGUUUCUGUAUACGUCCCCUCUUUGCUGCUCAUUGCGACCACCGCCGCCGUAAAGGCGUCGUACACACCAGUCGCAGUUGCGUUGGCAGCAGCAUGGGGUGGCUACCAAUUCUACGCACAUCAGGAGACGAAAGUCCUAGACCCGAACAAGUUCCAAGAGUUCCCAUUGGAACAGCGUACCGACAUUUCGCACAACACCGCCAUAUACCGCUUCAAGCUCCCUUCACCCAACGCCAUACUCGGAUUGCCCAUCGGCCAGCAUAUUUCCCUGGGUGCAACCCUGGAUGUCAAGGAUCCUAAAACCGAGAAGGUUGAGAACAAGGAGGUCGUUCGAUCAUACACACCUAUCUCGUCCGACAAUGAGCCGGGUUACUUCGACCUGCUCAUCAAGAGCUACCCAACUGGCAACAUCAGCCGGCACUUGUCCACGCUCAAGAUUGGCGAUACGAUGAAGGUCAAGGGUCCCAAAGGCGCAAUGGUGUAUACGCCGAAUAUGUGCCGAAGAAUAGGCAUGAUCGCUGGUGGCACCGGUAUCACGCCCAUGCUGCAGAUUGUGCGUGCUGUCCUGCGAGGACGGAGUAAGGGUGACAAGACGGAGCUCAACCUCAUCUUCGCCAAUGUGGAUGAGAAGGACAUCUUACUUCGCAGUGAUCUGAUGUCUCUGGAAGAUGAAGACAGCAAGUUCAAUGUCUACUACGUGCUCAACAACCCACCAGAAGGCUGGAAGGGUGGCGUUGGCUUCGUGACCGCUGAUAUGAUCAAAGAACAUCUACCACCUCCGGCAAAGGACAUCAAGAUCCUUAUCUGUGGGCCUCCACCCAUGGUCGGUGCGAUGAAGAAGGCUACAGAUUCGCUUGGCUAUGACAAGCCGAGACCGGUCAGCAAGCUCGAAGAUAUGGUGUUCUGCUUCUAAACCAAGUCUCGAUGUCGCAUUGUAUGCGGGCGGAUGUGCAUACUGUGCAGGACCGGAUACAACACGAAAAGGGUGCAAGCAACCUUUUCGUGUUGUAUCGAACAUCCCAUUGACUUGUAGCCCUAUCUAAGUGAAGAGAUGGCUUUCGAAAUAAAGUUGUAGUUA